GUGAACCACUCGCAAGUAAGUGGGCGUCUAAAUCCCACGCGCUCUCACAAACCCGUCUCCAUCGUCACGAACUAUGUAAGGACUCGUGGGUCCUUUUUUCGAUUCAUCUCUCUAUAGAUUUCACCGUCUCUCUGGAGUUUUCUUUCUCCAGAUUUUCUCGGCUUUUCUCGAUUUUCUCACACGAAAACAAAAAAUCACAGGAUUCAGUACAGAUUCCUACUUCUUCUGAGUUCGUCUUCUCAGAUUCAGCUUCGACUUUUCGUUUGUCUAUCAAUCUCUCUCCACGCUUUUUUUUGCAAAAGAAACGUGUCUGAAAUCAAAAGGAAAAAAAUCCCCUUCAAGAUUCUGAAGCUAGUGGCUGGAUUUUAAACAUAAUGAUCUGAUUUUGGUUGUGUGGGAUUCAUCUUGCAAUUUCUAUAUUGGUUUGUAAAGCUAUGGAGAAAGACGAAGGAGAAAGCUGGAAAGAAAUGGUGAAAAAGAUGCUUCCUCCCGGAGCUCCUUUACCGGAAAAUCCAUCGGAAUUCGAUUACUCCAUAGCCAUAGAGUACACCGGUCCUACUCCGGUUCACGAAAUCCCUAGAGUUUCACCUGUUGAUGUUAACCCUCGACCGAUCCCAUUGCCGGUCUCUCGUAUAGCCGGAGGAGUCACAAGCUCUUCAGGUCAGAGCCCUAGAGGCUCACCGGCUAGCUCUGAGUCUGUGGUCUCUGUGUUGCAGAACAACCCUGAAUCAUCCUCUGGCUCAGCCUCUGUAUCACCAGUCUCUGCUCAUAUACAAAACGGGAACCAUCAGAUUCGGAGACCUGUCGUGAAAUUCAAACCCGUUGAUGAUAACGAUCGUAUUGAUCGUAAAGACGCUGCAGAGGAGGAUAACAGUGUGGAGACAGUAGAGGCGGAGAGGGGGAGGAAGGUUCAUGAGUGUACCGCCGGGACGAAGAGGCGGAGGAGGAACAAGAAGAAGAGAGAGUGUUCUAGAUGCGGAAAAGCGAAAUGGGAACAUAAGGAGACUUGUAUUGUCUGUGAUGAGAAGUACUGUGGGAACUGCGUGCUUAGAGCGAUGGGUUCGAUGCCCGAAGGAAGGAAAUGCGUGAGCUGCAUCAGUCAAGCUAUCGACGAAUCGAAACGGUCUAAGUUAGGGAAGCAUUCGAGGGUGUUGUCACGGUUGCUUAGUCCUAUAGAAGUUAAACAGAUCAUGAAGGCAGAGAAAGAGUGUGCAGCUAAUCAGCUGAGACCUGAGCAGCUUAUCGUGAAUGGUUAUCCGUUAAAGCCUGAAGAGAUGGCUGAGCUGCUCGGUUGUGCUUUACCGCCGGAGAAGUUGAAACCGGGAAGGUAUUGGUACGACAAAGAAUCCGGUUUAUGGGGCAAGGAAGGAGAGAAACCUGACAGAGUCAUAAGCUCGAACUUGAACUUCACUGGGAAGCUAUGUCCGCAAGCGAGCAAUGGGAACACGGAAGUUUAUAUUAACGGUAGAGAGAUCACAAAGCUUGAGUUAAGGAUCUUGAAGCUAGCAAAUGUACAAUGUCCACGAGAUACUCAUUUUUGGGUAUACGAUGAUGGGCGUUAUGAGGAAGAAGGGCAGAAUAAUAUCCGUGGAAACAUUUGGGAGAAGGCAUCUACGAGGUUCAUGUGUGCGCUGUUUUCGUUACCUGUUCCUCAAGGACAACCUCGCGGAAUAGUGCAGCCAUCGAGCAAUUAUGUUACUGUUCCGAGUUAUCUAGAGCACAAGAAGACUCAGAAACUUCUACUUCUUGGUAUCGAAGGGUCUGGAACAAGCACCAUCUUCAAACAGGCCAAGUUUUUGUAUGGAAACAAGUUUUCGGUGGAAGAGCUUCAAGAGAUUAAGCUGAUGGUACAGAGCAAUAUGUAUAGAUAUCUAAGUAUCCUACUCGAUGGAAGAGAACGGUUUGAAGAGGAAGCUUUAUCUCAUAUGAGAGGUUUAAACGCAGUCGAAGGUGGAGAUUCAGGAGGAGAGGAAGGGAAUGAGGAUGGAACUAUCGAUGCGCCACAGUGUGUAUAUACCUUGAACCCGAGGUUGAAGCAUUUCUCGGACUGGCUUCUAGAUAUCAUAGCAACUGGUGAUCUCGACGCGUUUUUCCCGGCCGCUACACGCGAGUACGCUCCUCUGGUUGAAGAAGUCUGGAAAGAUCCGGCGAUACAAGCGACGUAUAGACGAAAAGACGAGCUUCAUUUCCUUCCUGAUGUCGCGGAGUACUUCUUGAGCCGCGCCAUGGAAGUGUCGAGCAACGAGUACGAGCCUUCGGAGAGAGAUAUCGUAUUUGCUGAAGGCGUUACGCAAGGAAAUGGAUUAGCUUUCAUGGAGUUUUCUCUCAGCGAACACAGUCCAAUGUCAGAGAGUUACCAAGAAAACCCUGACGUCUUAUCACCUCCUCAGCCAAAGUACCAGCUGAUCCGUGUGAACGCGAAAGGGAUGAACGAUAGCUGCAAAUGGGUAGAGAUGUUCGAAGAUGUACGAGCGGUGACCUUCUGCAUAAGCUUAAGCGAUUACGAUCAGAUCAGCAUCAUCAGUACACCGGAGAGCAAGGGAACGGUGAGUUUCCAGAACAAGAUGAUCCAGAGCAAGGAGCUUUUCGAGUCGAUGGUGAAGCAUCCUUGUUUCAAAGACACGCCUUUUAUCUUGAUCUUAAACAAGUACGACCUCUUCGAAGAGAAGCUGAACCGUUCCCCGCUGACUUCUUGCGACUGGUUCGGCGAUUUCUGUCCCGUGAGGACGAACGGCACCGCACAGUCGCUUGCUUACCAAGCUUACUUCUACGUGGCGAUGAAGUUCAAGCUUCUUUACGCGUCUCUCACGGGUCAGAAACUGUUUGUGUGGCAAGCUAGGGCUAGGGAUCGUGGGAAUGUGGAUGAAGGGUUUAAGUAUGUGAGAGAGGUUUUGAAAUGGGAUGAAGAGAAGGAAGAGAGUUACUUGAAUGGUGGUGGAGAAGAUUCGUAUUAUAGUACGGACAUGAGUUCUUCGCCGUAUGUUAGACCGGAGCCGGAUGAGUGAAAGAUAGUUUCCCGGAGGAGGAAACUCUUGAUUGAUGAUUUGUUGUUUUUGGUAUUUUUUUUUUUAAGUAGAGAGAUCAUGUGGGGAGAGUAAAAAUGUUGAAUUGUAAUUUUUCUAUUAGAUUUGGUUUUUGGUUCGUUUAAUUUUUUUUCUUUGAAUGAAAUAAGGAUUUGUAAAUAUUAAUUGUGGAAGAUUUAAACCAUAAUUAACAUUUUUAAAAGAAUUUCUUCUUCUGGUUUUAUCCUGUAAUAAAGUUUCCUACAAAAUAUUUAGUUCCU